GCACAGGGAAGUGCUUGUUCCUUCGAUUUUCUGUGGAUCUUUAGAUUUUUUUUUCACAAUCAUCAGGGAGACAGUUGUGAUAAAUCAUGAGGGUUUACGAUACUUGGAAAGCCAUUCUGAGGAUACAGAAGUUCAGGAGAAUUGUGUCCUACACUGGAUUUUAUUGCUUUGCUUCCCUCUUGAGCUAUGCCUACACAAGCAAUACAACUAGAGCUGGGAUCUCAAGAGCUGACCAGUUUUAUGCAUCAUUUCCAGCUGGUACAGAGCUGCUAACUGACACUGCAAAAUUAUAUAAAGCUGCACUUGGCAAUUGUUUCGAAAUUGAAGAGUGGGGUCCCAUUGAAUUCUGCAUCAUGGCUAAACACUUUGAGCGCCAAGGGAAACCUCCUUAUGCAUACCAUUCUCAAUACAUGGCACACCUUCUUUCUCAUGGACAGCUUGAUGGGAGUGGCUAGCCAUUGAUCAAGCAUCACCACAUGCAGUGAUACAUACACAGCCAGCGAUUUAGCAACUUUUUGAAGUUGUAUAGGUACCAAUCAAGGUAGGUAAAAUAUUGAAGUUGUGAGGCUGUAGGAACUCUUUCUUGACAGCAGAAGCUGCCACAAUGAUAAGUUCUUUCAAUUUGUGUUAGAGAGAAUCCCAACCUCAUUUUACUGCUGAGCUCCAUUUGUUUGUAUUAGAUGUGGGGUUUUCAGUACUAUCUGAUCUAAAAUUGCACAACAUAAAUUGCAGUUAAUAUUUUAUGGUAAUAAAGUGCAACUAAUUAAGCUGCUGUUUUUAUCA